CGCCACUUUGAUUCAGAAAUUUCGUACUAACAAAUUUCUUUCACAUCUCUCAAAAAUUUUAGUUGAUAGCAGCAGAUUUUGUGACAGCAAUGCAGCUUUUCAUAAUGAUGAUGACAUUUGGUAUGAUAGUUUGGUGCAUAUCAAUGGUUGUUAUAGAAUGUGAGGUGACAGAGUAUGCAGUGUUGGUGGUUGUAUUUUGGGCGUCGUUCAUGUGCCACUACGUUGCGUUUUACAAUUAUAUGUACAGAGGCCAUAAAAUGGGGCGGAAAUACAAAAGGUGGCCUAUUCUGCGGGAGAUACUUAAUAUUGCGGUGAACAUGUGGGUGACCAUCGCCAGUUUUCUCGAGUUUUGGCGGCUGGUUUUUGGAUGGCACUUGGUGUUUAUGGCGCAGUGGAUGGCGCUGCUCUGCGUCGCCUACCAACUACUUGUAAUUGUCUUCCAUUUUUUCUGGUCCCAGCUAAUAAGCAUACUCAUGUGUCACACUUUGUACGAUCUGCCCAUCACCUCUUCUCCACAAACCACCGUCACCAUCACCACCGACGCUAUGCAUGCUGCCGCCAACACCCCUCCGUCAGAGUAGGGAACAGAAAGAGAAAGAGAUGUGCACCUGUGUGUGCGUGUGUUUAUGUCGCAGCCCGAUAUAGCAAGAGAUAGCAUAUAUCAAGUAUCUUACGACUAAUAAAAGAAAUGGUGAAAGAAAUAGAAACACAUCUUAUUUUAGCGGAAGCAUUUACCAACUUUACUUAUUUUUGAAGAAAGAUUUUGAGAUCAAAACAUUUUAAAUACUUG